CGUUACAGUAUAAAAAUAAACAAAAAAAGAAAAAAGUGCAAACACUCCAGCUAAGGUGUUCGGGCGGACACCACGUAAGGACGGGCUUUUCACCGCUGCUUUACAUUUCAAAUAUCCAUUUAUGGGAAGAUACCAGUCAAACAAUGGAAGCACUUUGUAAACGUUUAAAGCUCCUUCUUUUGACCGUCAUUGCAAGAGGUCUGCUGGGAGCAGCACAAAGUAUACCUGGCACUGGAACAUUUGAUUCAAGGAUUAUUGGAGGCUAUGAGGUUAUCCCAAAUUCCAUCAAGUACCAGGCCUCAAUUCAGUUUCUUUCUUCUCACUACUGCGGGGGUACACUGGUCCAUCCUCAGUGGGUCCUGUCUGCUGCCCACUGUAUGAGACCAGCUUUUCUGAUUCAGGUGGUUUUAGGAGAGCAUUCCUUGAAAGUGAAUGAGGGAUUUGAACAAGCAUUCAAUGUCACCAAAAUUAUAGUUCAUCCCUACUACAACCCUUCAACCUUCAACCAUGACAUCAUGCUGUUAAAACUUGACCGCCCAGUUCGAAUUAAUUCAUACGUGCAAACAGCCAGGCUGCCGGAUUACUACAGCACUCCGUCUUUGGGCACGUCCUGUACAGUCAGCGGCUGGGGAGUCACACAAGUCUACAGCUACACUUUGUCCAAAGAACUUCGUGCUGUCCAGGUGCCAAUAAUAUCAUCAUCUGCCUGUAACAUUUAUUAUUCUGGAAGAAUCACAGAAAAUAUGAUUUGUGCUUCAACGAACACUGGUGGCAAAGACUCGUGCCAGGGGGACUCUGGAGGACCUCUGGUGUGUGGAGGGGCUCUUCAUGGCAUCGUUUCCUGGGGUAUCAGCUGUGCAAACGCAAGAUACCCUGGAGUUUACACCAAGGUGUCUAAUUAUGUGUCAUGGAUCGAGCGCGGAACAUCUGAACAGUGACUCUCCUGUACAUAAAAAUUCCACACUGCUAUACAAUAUUGUUAUUGAAUGAAUAAAGAUAAAACAUUUCUCUUUUGAUAAAUUA